GGAAUAAUCAUAUUAAUUUUACGUUUAUUUUUAUUUAUAGAAAUAUUUUAAAAUUAUAUCUUUAAAAAAUAUGAUAAUUAUAUAAUAUUUAUUGAUUAAACGAUAACUGUUAAAUCUUGAUAAGCGAAAGGUAAAUGACUAUAUAAACUGAUUGUUCUGUUAUCUGUAAAUAUAAACAUACAUUUCAGCAUGCAUAAAAAAAGCUAUAAUUUUUACGUAAAAUCGUAGUUUGAGAUCACGUAAAAUAAUAAUUAUAAUAUAAAUAUAUGUGUCCUUUGCAAAUAUUUUUGAAAUCAAUGAAUUUUUAUUUCAUUUAUAAAAAUAUAAAAUAAUCAUGAGCUUUAAUUCAUAACAAUUUCAAUAUUGUUAUAAAAUUGAUUAAUUUUGUUUUUUAAAAAUGUUCAUUUUUCACUGCAAUUGAAUUACAUAUACAUUAUGUCUGUUAAAUCAAAGAUUGGUCAUCAACUACAUACAUCGGCCAUCUAUACGAGAACAAAUAAAACACAUUUUAAAUGAAAAUCCGUUGUAUCUAAUUUAACAAUAAAAUUAAAGAUAAUUUUAAAUACUUAUAUAAUACAUGAUUAUAAUACAAAAUUUAAAUUUUUAACUUGCUAUUAAAAAAAUCUAUUAAAAAAACGAUUUUGAUUAAAAAUAACUGUAAUUAAUUACAAUUAGGAAAAAAAAAUCACCCCUGUGUAUAGAGGCACAAAUUUGAGAGAACGACAGUGCGUAACAGGCUUUAAACUACACCAGUUCGGAGGUUUUCGCGCGAUAAACAGCGAAGCGCCAUGAUUGGUCGGCGUAGAAAUUUGAUUCCGUUUCAUUCUUUCCUUUUCUUUCUCUCUGUCUCUCUUCUGGUUCGCGUCCACCGGCCGGCGUUAAAGAAAGACCGAGUAACGUUUCCCCAGGGAAGUCGUAAACGACGUCCAGAGAGACUCGAACCGAGCAGUUCCGAACAGUCUGUCAGAGACGGUGCUUUCGCGAACACGAUUCUCGUGCGUCGCUUCGUAAACGUGUGUGUACCGGUUCAAAAAAAGUUGUUACACACAGCCUCUAGUAGACCCCUGGCAACGCGUUGUCGCUUGAAAACAAUGACUGUACGUUCCAGUGGUUAGAAGUAACGAAGAAAUUACUGGCACAUAGCAUUCAAACCGUCUUUUUUUUUUUGAUCGAGGCCAGACGGCCACACUAGCUCUAGGAACGGCUCGACGCGUAUCGAUCUCAUACAAGGCUAGCAGAACGGAGCUGCCAUCUCAGCGACUCCUCCACAUGUGGACAUCGCCGUCCCGACUCAGGAUCGGCCGAGCACCCAGGAAAAAGACGACACCUUAAGGUGAUAGCUGCUGCAGCAGCUACCGCGACCGGUGAACGAUGGAGAACACCAGGAGAAAGUUGUCUUUCCUUGGUUUUGGCAAGAGGGUAUCGGUCGACGGUCAUGGCGCGGAAACGGGACCGGAACUCGACGAGGAGAUGGAGAAGGUUUUCGCAAUGGAUACCGGAGAGAAGUUCGACGUAGCCCGACUCGGCUCCCCUUCAGAAUCGGCUGGAUCCGAUCGAGAACGAGAACGAGGACCACCAUCGCGAUAUGGAGAUCGCGACUUCAAUCAGCAUCGAAAAAGAAGUUACCCCCAUCCGCACAUGCCCUUGAAAAGUCUUCAUUCCAGGUCUAUGCGACGACAUCUUUCACCCGAAGGAUCCACAGCGGAAGCCGGGCAAGAAGAGGAGAACGGACAGGUUGUGACAGGAAAUGGCGGUGGGCAUGAACUGGACACGAUGGACAAUGGAUUGUCUCCGACGAGCAUGCAGAACGCCGAUGACGAGACCACGGAAGAAAUGGAGAAUGUUGUCAGCAGCGAGAGCGAGGCACCGAUUUCGGAAAGGGCUGCUUCCGGUUUCAGCGACAGCCCGACCGUUGGCAGCCCACGCGUGCAAUUCGAGAAGAUCAAAGAGGAGGAGGUGCAUCACAGUUUCAAAAAGGACGAGGUGCCUAGCGUCGGUGCGUCCGCGAACCACGAUGAGGAUCGAAAGUGUCGAAGGCAUCAAAAACACGAGCACAAAAGACAUCAUCACAAAUCGCGAAAAUACUCGCUCCAAGAGGAUCCACAAUGGAGGAAACGAUCGGGAGCUGGUCUCCCGGAUGGGCCGGGUGUGCUUGCGAGGCGAGUGAGCGUACAACCGGAAGAGGCAAGCACCCUUCAAGAACUGGACAUCGACGACCUGGAGUCGCACAGAAGCGACGAUCCGCGCGGUAUGAGGCGUCACAAGGCGGCUCAUUCGACGGUCCAGAUAGGCCGGAAGAAGGAAGGUGGCAUACCCCAUGACACCUUUAAAAAAAUGUACGACCAUUCUCCGCACGAGGUGUUCGUCCAAUUGGACGAACUGUACGGGGUCGGUGAGGAAAGAGAGUGGAGGGAAACGGCCAGAUGGAUCAAAUACGAGGAGGACGUGGAGGAGGGAGCGGACAGAUGGGGCAGGCCCCACGUAGCUUCCUUGAGCUUCCAUUCCCUGUUGAAUCUCCGUAGAUGCCUCGAGACAGGCGUGGUUCUCCUCGAUCUCGAGGAGAAGGAUCUCCCUGGCCUGGUAUACAGGGUGGUCGAGCAAAUGGUGAUCGAAGAGCUGAUUCUACCGGAAGACAGGCCGGUAGUGAUGAGGGCGCUGUUGCUUAGGCACAGGCACGUCCACGAUCACGAUCGUGGAUUCCGUUUCGGCGGGAAACGGAAUUACGCCAGCUACACGAGCUUGCAGUCCGUCUGUCUGGAGGAAGAGGACGCUGCGCGGGAAGCCUCUGAGAACCAUGUAACCCAACAUAAUCUAAACGACGCGAAACCAAAGAUCGUGUCGUCGAACUUGGCCCUGGACAGCAAUCACACGGUGGUCGAUAUGAAGGAAGAGCUGACGUACACGAGCAGCAACGAGGAUCUGAAAAAGAGCCACAACGAUUACAUACUGAAGAGGAUCCCGGCCGGCGCCGAGGCCACGGUUGUCCUGGUCGGCGCGGUCGAUUUUCUGGACCAACCGACGAUCGCGUUCGUCAGGCUUGCCGAGGGUGUGUUCAUUCCAUCGAUCACGGAAGUCACGAUACCAGUAAGAUUCAUGUUCACGUUGCUGGGGCCGAGGAACGCUGAUCUAGAUUAUCACGAAAUCGGUAGAUCGAUCGCCACCCUAAUGGCCAAUACGUCGUUCCAUAAAGUCGCUUACAAAGCGAACGAAAGACGAGAGCUUCUUUCCGCGAUCAAUGAGUUCCUGGAUGAUUCGAUCGUUCUGCCCCCUGGCGAUUGGGAGAGGCAGGCGUUGUUACCUUUCAGCGAGCUGAAGGCGAAGAGCGAGGCCAUCAGGAAACGGAAGGCCAAGGCGCUUGAAGAGAAGAGCAAGCCUGUUCAAAGCGAGGCCGCUGUCAAGAAAGCUCUGCUUGCCGGCGAAGAAGAAAAGAAAGCUGCCGACGACGAUGACCCACUUCGAAGAACUAAACGCCCGUUUGGCGGGCUGAUCAACGAUAUCAAGAGACGCUACCCUUUCUAUCUCUCCGAUUUUACCGACGGUUUGAGUUCAUCUUGCCUAGCGGCGGCCAUUUUCAUGUACUUUGCUGCCCUCUGUACAGCCAUUACUUUUGGCGGGUUGAUGAGCGACAAAACGCAUAACGUCAUCGGCAUAUCCGAGACCCUGGUCUCCGGCUCCUGGACGGGAGUGGUGAUGGCUUUGUUUUCCACCCAACCUUUAGUCAUCAUUGGCACGACUGGCCCUCUGUUGCUGUUCGAUGAAAGUUUGUACAACUUCUGCCUGGCCAAUGAAUUGGAAUUCUUAACCGUGAGAGUUUACGUUGGAGCAUGGAUGGGAAUCAUAGCUCUAGCGAUCGCCUGUGUCGAGGGGUCCGUGUUGGUCAGAUUAUUCACGCGCUUCACCGAAGAAAUUUUCACAGGCUUAAUCUCCAUUCUCUACAUCGUUGAAACGUUCAUCAAGCUGUACAAUUACUUCGUGAAAAAUCCGUUGCUCGAUGAGUACAGUUUUAUUCCCGAGACGAAUCGAACGUUUUACCAAGAGCAGCCGUUGAACGUUACAGAGAUCGACGUUGUUUCCCCAAAGACUGGCGAGACGAUUGGUAUUCCGUUGAGCAAACCUCAAACUUUGAUACCAGCGCACAACGCAGCUGGAAUAUUGAUAAACCAGCCCAACACCGCGCUCAUGUGUACCAUUUUGUGUCUUGGUACUUUCCUCGGUGCUUAUUAUUUGCGCAUCUUCCGCAACAGUCAUUACCUCGGACGAAGUGCCAGAAGGGCCUUUGGCGACUUUGGCGUGCCCAUCAGUAUCGUUGUGUUUGCGUUGAUCGAUUAUCUGGCCAAAGUAAAAACGGAGAAAUUGCUGGUCCCGGAAGGUUUAACCCCGACUCAACCUGGUAGAAACUGGAUCGUGUCACCCGCCGGAGUGCAUAAACCUAUCCCUCUUUGGAUGGCCAUGGCUUGCAUCGUGCCAGCGUUGCUGGUUUACAUUCUUGUUUUCAUGGAAACUCAAAUCUCCGAGCUGAUCAUCGAUAAAAAAGAACGAAAAUUGCGAAAAGGCAACGGCUAUCACAUGGAUAUAGUAGUGGUGUGUUUAAUGAACGUCGGUUGUGGUUUGAUGGGCGCUCCUUGGUGUUGCGCCGCCUCCGUUCGAUCAUUAACGCACGUCUCGGCGGUGACAGUUAUGUCCCGUACUCAUGCACCCGGCGAUAAACCGCACAUCGUCGAAGUAAAGGAGCAGAGAGUGAGCGCUCUAUUAGUUGCCGUGUUGAUCGGCGUAAGUGUGCUGAUGGCGCCACUUUUGCGACGCGUACCAAUGUCCGUCCUUUUGGGAGUGUUUCUCUACAUGGGUAUCUCUUCGACGAACGGCGUCCAACUGUUCGAUCGCGUGAAGCUGUUUUUCAUGCCGGUGAAACACCACGGCACCGCUAAUUACGUACGGCGUGUACAAACGUACAAAAUGCACAUCUUCACCCUCAUACAAAUUUUGUGCCUGGCUAUACUGUGGAUUGUGAAAAGUACCAGGGCAGCCUUGGCACUUCCGUUCUUCCUGAUUCUUAUGAUACCUUUACGAGGUCAGAUGAACCACUUUUUUACCGCGGCAGAGCUACGGGCACUCGAUAGCAAAGGAUCGGAACACGAGAGUACCGAGGAUGAACCAGAUUUUUACGAGGAAGCUCCGUUACCUGGUUAGAUAGUGCCUUAUUCGACUUGUCCGAAAAAAUACCUCUCCUCUCUUCUCUUCCUGCAUUGUUUUCUUCCCUAACCUUUUUUUUUUUCUAUUUUUCUUUUCUUUUUUUUUUCUUCUUCAAAGAAUCACGCUAAUCUCCGUUACUUAUUACUUAUUAUUCUUAUCACGUAUCGAAGCGAUUCUAUAAUAUUAGCGCAAAUUCUUGAGAAAAGAUCUCUAUUUUCGUGAAAGAGCAAAUAUGUAUACCAAUGAAUUAAGAGAGGAUAAUGAAUUAAGGACGUAGAUAAGGGAUAAAUAAAAGGAUUUUGAUUCUCAACGGUGGUGUUAACUCGUUAAAUUCGUAAAAAUUAUUUUGUACUACAAAAUUUGUAAAUAAUCAAUAAUGACAUUAGAACGGGAUGAAAUGAGAAAAUGUAUUUUAUUGUGCAUAUAUUGAAUACGUGUAGGUAUUUGAAUUAUUACAUUUUAUUAAAUUAUGUAACGUGUAUAUUAAAAAUUACUAUUUGAAUUUAACAAGGAUUACAGACUGAUUAAAAUUAUGAUAAUUUUUUCAUAGAAAAUAAUUUAUUAUAAUGUAAAAUAAAACAAUAUUCAGUAUACCUACAUUUUAUCUGAUAUAUUCAUAAUCAAAACUUAAAAUUCGUUUCAUCUAUUUUCGAUUUGAUGGGAUAAAAAGGUGCCUCUACAGAACGGUGAUGAACGACACAUUGCUCAGGAAAAAUUUAGGCGUAAAGGCACGAGAUACGAGAGUGCCAAAUCAAAAGGUCAUAAAUUACAAAAUGGUGCUGGUCCGUCUAUAUAGAGAAAUAACUUAGAAGAAUUGAAAACUAAAUCUUUUAUAAGAAAAUUGUCCGAAUAGUUAUCAUUAGCUGUUCUCAUCGAUUAAUGUUAUAAAUCUAGUUUCUUUGGGACCGUAUAACUCAUUUCGUGCGAAAAAUUACAAUCAUUUAGCAAUAUUCGAUAAAUGUGUGUGCUUUAACGUUAUUUCCUUAGAUGAAAAUAAUAUUUUAUAAAUAUCUCAAAAUUGGAAAACUUAAAUUUUACAAAAUUAUGAAACUUAAUAACGGAUUUCGUUAUAUUUUCGACAUGUGUACUUAAAAGUAAAAUUUAUUAUACCGUCGAUUAUAAACGCAUCUUUUUUUGAAAAUUAUUCUACUCUUUUUUUUUUUUUUUUUUUAAUAAAAACUUUCCAUAAACGCUUUAUUAUAUAAAAAAAACAUCAUAUUUAUAAAUAUAAGUCAACUAUAUAAGACAACUCUUUAAAUCAAUCUAAUUAUUAUAAAUAAGAUUUAAAAUUCAAUAGUACGUUUUCAUGCAAUAAAAAAUAUUUACAUGUUAUUUACAUUACGUAUAAAUACGUAUUCUUUUCUUUUCUAAAAAUUGUAAUGUUACGAUGUUAUGAAAAAAAAUGCCUCAAUUUGUAAUAUUCUCUUUUUAUUCUGUUAUAAAGAGUAUAUAUUUAAUUUUUAAGAAAAAAAAUAUAUAUAUAUAUUUAAAUGAUAAUAAAAAGGGUACAUAUAUUUAGAGAAGUACCUGAUAUCAAUGAAACCGAUAACGGAAAAAAUAGUUUCGGUUAAUCGAAUAAUUUAAAAAAAUUUUGGUUCGAAUAAUUUAAAAAAAUGUAAGCCGUAAUUAUUACUUCAAACAACGUUUAUUUAAAUUUAUCAUCGUAUACUUAUUUAAAAAAAUAAUAUAUAAGAAAAAUUAAAGAAUUGUGAAAUAAUCUUUUCUAAAAUGUUUAAUUAAUGUUUUAUUUCUGUUAUAAGAAUAGAUCAGUAUUGAUAACUAUUUUACGAUAACUAUUAAUUUUACAAUAAUAAUUAUUGUUCCAAAUGUAAAAUUUCACAUUAAACAAGACCAAGAUAUAUAAUAAUAAUGAUAAUAAUAAUGUCAUCGUAUGUUAAAUACGUGCAAUAAAAAUGAAAAUCAUUAUGAAUAUUUUAGAUGCUAUUAUGAAAGAGAAAAGACAUUCUAUUUUAAUUGGUUAAAAUAUUUUGCUAAUCCGCAAGAGUACUUUAUUAAAAACUCAACUCUAAUCCUAAUAUUUACAUAAAGACAAAAAUAUAAUCGCAUUACUUAUUAUUACUUAUUUAUACAAAAAAUACAAAAGCUACGAAUCGAGAAUAUUGUGCUGCAUAAUUUGUGAUAGAGGUCCAGAAUUAUUAUAAGAACAAAAAGUUAGCAGUACUUAUGAGCAUAUACUAAAGCAUGAAAUUUUUAACACUGAAUUUCAUUAGAUAUAUCUAAUAAUACAUUAACAUGUUAUUAUAUACAUACUACUGAUAUUACCUAUAUUGAAAGAUUAUCAAGAUAAGUAUUGAAUUGUUAUGAGUUCGUAAAAGAAUUGUACAUAAUCUAGUUAUCAUACAGUAUUAAAAAGUAAUAAUUAGUAAUAGAUUCUAGUAGAUGAUUUAUGCCUUAUAUUAGACAAACAAAUAAAUAUAUUAUUUCCUCUCUA